GAGGACUGACAAGACAUGAGAUCCUCAAGUACUUCUGUGACUCCCUACAUGCUCAGGUGGAUCCUCCUCCUGGGCAUCUUUGUGCAGCAGCUUAAUGCAGGGGGGUCCGAGGGCCCGUGUCAAGGUAGAGACUGCUCUGUGUGUCAGUGUCAUCCUGCCAAAGGUGCACGGGGGUCUCCAGGUAAGCCAGGCAAACAAGGCCCACAAGGACCAAUGGGACUACGGGGACAAGUGGGGCCUCCUGGAGAGAAAGGCAGGAUGGGAGUAGAGGGACCACAUGGCCCAGAUGGACCCAAAGGAGACCGAGGCUUUAUAGGUGAUCCUGGUUUCCCUGGUCAUAGUGGUUCAGAGGGCCACCCAGGAGCAGGUGGAGAGCCUGGUUUGCCUGGUUUGGAUGGCUGCAAUGGGACAAGAGGUCAACCAGGUGUCCCCGGUAGGCGUGGAUGGGAUGGACUUCAUGGGCCACCAGGAGUCCGUGGACCAAAAGGAAUAAAAGGAGAACCUUUGUAUGAUGGUGCUCUUCCAGGACUUCCUGGGGAUCCUGGAGAAAGUGGACCACGUGGUUUGCCUGGAAAAAAAGGAACACGUGGACCUAAAGGGAAUCCUGGCUUUCCUGGUUCUUCUGGGGUGGAUGGUUUGAUUGGAACUAGAGGUGUGAGAGGACCACCAGGAGACCCUGGAGGAUCACUAGCAGGUGAUAAAGGCGACGAUGGUGAACAAGGCCCACCUGGUCCACCUGGACCAGAAGAACACAGAAAACCAGAUCCUCCACUGGUUGAUGCACCUAAAGGUUACAAGGGAGUACAAGGUCUUCCUGGACCAUGUGGACCAAAGGGCCUGACUGGUGGAAGGGGAGACUACUUUUAUCAAGGAGUUAAAGGAGAGCAAGGAAUCCUUGGUUUUCCUGGAAUUCGGGGUCUGCCGGGAUUUCCUGGAAGACAUGGACCACCAGGACCUGAGGGUUUUCCAGGUGAUCCAGGUCCCCCUGGUCCUGUACAGUUUUAUAAUCAGACUGAUACUAGAGGUCCUAAAGGGAACUGGGGUUAUCCUGGGCCACCUGGAGUCCCAGGUGAUCCUGGGCCCAUGGGUCAGCAUGGACCUCCUGGUCCACCAGGGAUAACAGUACCAGAAGUGCCUGGCUUCCCCGGUCCACGAGGGCCAACAGGUCCCAAAGGUUACAAGGGAGAGCCAGGGAAAUACUAUACCUUUGAAACCGAGCCAUUGCCUGGAGUAAAGGGAACUAAAGGAGUCCCUGGACUUAAAGGUCAUAUAGGUCCCCCUGGUCGUCCAGGAUGUGGAGAUUACAUCUGUGAGCCCGGUUACCCAGGGGACCCUGGUGACCCAGGAUUCAAAGGAUCUCCUGGAGACAAAGGACUCAAAGGAAUUAAAGGUUGUGAAGGAGAAUGUGAAUGUAGGUUUGGAAAGGGGAGCAUAGGACCCCCUGGCCCACGUGGUUUUCCAGGGCCUCCAGGGUUACCUGGAACAAAGGGAAUUAGUGGGGAGCCAGGAUUGAAAGGAGAUGUUGGUCCAAGUGGACCACAUGGCUUUCCAGGUCCCCAUGGUUCCAAAGGGCAAAAGGGUCAGAAAGGUGACACUUUUGUAACAGAUCAAAAAGGAACCAAAGGUGACCAAGGAGAUCCUGGACCUCCUGGUCCUCCAGGAACAACUGGGAGGCCAGGAUCUGAUGGUCUCCAUGGUCCUCCAGGAGAGCCAGGACCACCAGGUCCUGGAUAUGAGGGAUUACCUGGUCCCAAAGGUUUCCCUGGUAAUCCUGGACUCAAAGGAUUUCCAGGGCGCCCAGGCCCUCCAGGCUCUGGUUUUCCAGGACAACAGGGGUCACAUGGACCUAAGGGAGAUAGGGGAAACAUUGGCAAUCCAGGAAUUCCUGGGCCACCAGGCCCCCCAGGUGAAAAAUGCUGUCGUGAAAUUACAAUUGGAUAUCCUGGGCGAAAGGGUGAGCCUGGAUCCCCAGGGUUACCAGGUAUUCCAGGUAGACCAGGUGGCACGGGCGUAUCUGGACACCGAGGCCCUAAAGGCAUGAGAGGAGAUGAUGCAGACACUGGAGGAAUUGGACCGCCAGGAAAUCCAGGUUUAGAUGGGGAUCCAGGCAACCCUGGUCCAAGUGGACUCAGCCUGGAUGGUCUACCUGGGCCUCCUGGGGCACCAGGACCAACUGGCAGGAAAGGUGAUCCAGGAGAUGUCUAUUCUGCCAGGCCAGGUCCCCCUGGCCCAAAAGGCCAUCAAGGAUCUACAGGAAGGAAGGGGGAGCAUGGAAUUCAUGGUGAACCUGGUUUUCCAGGAAUACAAGGUAAACCUGGACUGCCAGGCCGUAAAGGAGAAGAGGGAGUUGUGGGUGAUCCUGGAGCACCUGGUGCCCCAGGCAAACCCUGUUCUGAGUGCGGCAUUACAGGACCUCCAGGACCUCCAGGACCUGCAGGACACAGGGGAGUACCUGGCUAUCCCGGCGAAAAAGGAUUGAAAGGAGAUAUAGGUCCACCUGGUCUUGGAAGAAAGGGCCCAAAAGGUUUCCCGGGCCCUCCCGGUGUGCCAGGCUCGCCUGGACAAAGAGGACCCCCAGGAUCCCCAGGAGAUCCAGGGUUUGGUGGCUCACCAGGAUAUAAAGGUGAAAGGGGGUAUGCUGGCAACCCUGGAGCCAGAGGUUUACCAGGUCCUCCUGGACCACCAGGACCUAGAGGAAGACAUGGGGAUAGAGGAAUUACAGGUGCUCUAGGUCCUCCAGGAGACCCAGGACCACCUGGUUAUAAAGGAUUUCCAGGACCAUCACAGCUUCAGAAUGUAACAAAAGGUCCAGCAGGAAUUCCAGGGAGGACAGGAGAUCCAGGCCCCCCAGGACCUGACGGUGCAAAAGGUUUAAGGGGAGCUCAAGGUGACCCAGGCCCUAAUGGAUGGCCUGGUCCACCUGGAUUGAAGGGUGCCCCUGGUGCUCCUGGCCAGACAGGAUUCCCAGGACCUCCUGGUCCUCCUGGGGUUAAAGGUUUCCCUGGUCCGAGGGGAUAUCCUGGGCUUCAGGGAGAACUGGGCGAUCCAGGGCCUACGGGACCGACUGGUAUUCCAGGGUUACAAGGAUUUCCAGGGGCCAAGGGUGAACCAGGAGAAUCUGCACGGGUACCUGGUCUACCUGGACCCAAAGGAUUUCCAGGAGAGGAUGGACCCACAGCACACAGAGGGGAACCAGGAGAUCCAGGAGAUCCAGGACCCAGGGGAAUUCCUGGAACCCCAGGUAAUCAUGGCCCUCCUGGAGACCCAGGAAGAGUAGGUGGACCAGGUUUUCCUGGAUCACGAGGCUCACCAGGUAAUCCAGGUCCUCCUGGUCCUCCAGGAGACAUUGGAAGUCACGGGCCUCCUGGACCACCUGGCCCAUUUGGACCCAAAGGGCCCCCGGGACCACCAGGUCUGGAUGGCCUGCAUGGGCUCAUGGGUGCUAAGGGGAUGAAGGGAGCAAGUGGCACAGAUGUCCCAGGCCCACAAGGACCAGUGGGUUUUCCUGGAGCCAAAGGUAACAGGGGCUACCCAGGACAACCAGGACCUUCUUUUCCUGGACCUAAAGGUCUAAAGGGCUCACCUGGUGCAACAGGUUCCCCGGGUACCCCUGGUGACCCCGGUUACCCUGGUAAAGAAUGCCAAAGGCCUACAUUUGGAAUUUUAGGAGAUGCAGGAUAUGAAGGACCUCAAGGACGACCAGGUCCUCCUGGGGCACCAGGCCUUCCAGGCAGCAUACAUGUCAUUAAGGGAGAACCUGGACGAAUUGGUCUUCCUGGGUUACCAGGCCAAAGGGGAGAUAAAGGCCUCCCAGGACUACCUGGGCCUCAAACCUUCUAUGGCUUUCCAGGACCAAAAGGUGAGCCAGGCCCUGCUGGACCACAAGGUCCACCGGGAUACAGAGGUGAGCAAGGUGUUCCUGGCCCCAGGGGUCGCAAAGGAGAAACUGGCCCAGCUGGUGACAGAGGUGUCAAAGGACCCCGGGGUGAUUCCAUCUUUGGACCCAGAAUAGAACCUCUCAUUGGACUUCCAGGACCUCCUGGUUCCCCGGGAUCUGUGGGAUUCCCUGGUGAUGUAGGUCCUCCUGGGACUCCAGGACGUAAAGGUCAGAAAGGUAUGAUUGGGCCUGGGGGCCUGUCUGGCCCGCCAGGUCCCCCUGGACCCAGUGGUCCUAUUGGAAAUCCAGGAGAAAGUGGUCAGCCAGGAUUUACCGGACCUCAAGGUAUCCCAGGUUCACCCGGUGAUCCAGGUGCUCCAGGAUAUAAGAGGGCAGUGAGGUCAGGCUUCCUAGUGGUUAUCCACAGCCAGUCUACUCUGGUGCCCCGGUGCCCUGAAGGCAGCAGUCAGCUUUGGGUGGGCUACAGUCUGGUCUACCUGGAGGGACAAGAGAAGGCUCACACACAAGACCUAGGCCAAGCUGGCUCCUGCCUCCCUGUUUUCUCCCCCAUGCCUUUCUCCUACUGUAACAAAGCCGCCUGUCACUACUCAAGUCGCAAUGACAAAUCCUAUUGGCUGUCCACCACUGCUCCCAUACCCAUGAUGCCACUUUUUGGCCAGGAGAUCCAUUCCCACAUCAGCCGCUGUGUGGUCUGUGAGACAACUUCGCCCGCAGUUGCUUUCCACAGCCAGAGCUAUACCAUGCCUGCAUGCCCUCCUGGCUGGAGGAGUUUAUGGACCGGGUACUCUUUCCUCCUGCACACAGGGGCAGGUGAUGAAGGCGGUGGACAGUCUUUGACUUCUUCUGGUAGCUGCCUUAAGGAUUUCCGGACUCACCCCGUCAUAGAGUGCCAGGGCGCACGAGGGUCUUGUCACUACUUUGCCAAUCUCUACAGUUUUUGGCUGAUUACUAUUGAUCAAUCGGAGCAGUUUAUUACCCCAAGACCUGGCACUAUUAAAGCAGCUGAGCAACAGCGACGCAAAGCCAGUCAGUGUCAUGUGUGCCUCAGAGAUCUAUAA